GGCAGUGUUUAUCUUUGAGACCUGCUUUGCGCUUCAUCUUCUUUUUUUCCAGCAUCCGGAGAGAAGCAAUAUAAAUAAUAGUCUCCUUGUAUUUGUCUUAAUUAAGUGUUAGGACCACCAUAUGCCUAGCCGAGCUCGGACAAGUUUCAUACUCGAGAUCCUCGAACUGUUUCGUACACGCUAGCCGGCCAUAUAGCCGCGCCCAUCACCAGCUAAAGCAACCUUAGCGUAACGCUACGUUUGACGUUCAAGUACUUCUACCCUAUUACUGGUGAGACGACAGCCAUACCACUAACACCAGGCCCCGCAGUGACAGGCGAGCGCAAGACAAGCAAGAUUGUGCUGUUGCGAGAUACUGGACACAGACACAGCCCCUCAAUGGAUUCAACAGACAAUCCGUUUGACCUGGAUACGUUUGUGUGUGACAUUCAACCAUGGUUGAACAAAGUUGACGCAGAUCGACUGCGACGGAUGGUGAUCCAGAAACGUCUCAUAACUGACAGCGCAUCAAUAGAGAGACUAAAGAGAAUUCGGUCCCUGAAUGGACAAUGUGAUCAUAAUGAGGACCUCAUCCAGUUGCUCAGAGCUGGUGGCCUAAAGACUUAUCGUGUUCUCGGUGUUGUCAUUGAGGAACUUGGGUAUGAGGACAAGAGCAAGGAAAUGCUCUCCAUGUUGUCCCCCACAGUAAACCCGUUCCGCUCGAUACAGUUCAUCAGCGAAAUUCAACCGCUCAUCACGACUCUGGCACCGGAGCGGUUCCGGAACCUGACUCAGCAGUACCAGCUGCUCACGAAGCAGGAUGCCCUUGACAACCUCGCCAAGGUCCUGAGCGAACGCGGCACUCAGGCGCACAACACGGAGAUUCUUCUGCUUGUAGAGCCGGGAGAGCACGACGCGUAUCACGGCAUAAGCAAGAUUGUGCGCGAGAUGGGCUACCCGGAGAAGAGCGAGCAGAUGAUCCAGUUUCUGCAGAACUCACAGACAUCGACAGACGGCGCAAAAGGAGAAGGAUCUGAAGAGCCGCAAUCGCAAGAUCGAGCACCCUCGCCAAUGUCACCUGCGUCGCCACCGACAACACCCGCAUCACCUCCACCAGUAUCAUCAGCAGGGCCGCCAUCCAAGGCAGCCGAAUCCCUAACGGCGGCAGCUGCUAUGAAAGCACCCGCUCCGGCACCGGCACAAGUGACCCCGGUACCAACAUCAUCCGUGCCGCCCCGGCCUGCUGCAAUGCCACCAGCAGCUGCGCCCUCUCCCGUGCAGCCAGCCAACGUGUGGCAUGGAGCAUCAUCGCCGCCCGGUGUUGUAUCGCCCACUGCUGUAUCACCGACGUCACCAGCUCUGCCAGUUGUUGCUGGUUAUGCCACACCUACGGUGGCACGUGCGCCACCGACCAGUCUAACUCCAUUGGUAUCUCCCACGGCCAUGCCACAAUCAAGAUCACCAGUAGUGCCAGCAGUACAUGUAUCGCCCACGCCCAUGCCACAAUCAACAUCACCAGCUCUGCCAGUAGUGGCGGGAUAUGCCUUGCCGACAGUACCCGGUUUUCCCGGCCCAUAGACGGCGUGCAGCAGCAAACAAGCCGGGCGUGUGGCCCAAUAAUAGAGAGGUUAAGAUGCACGUUAUUUCCGACGUGACGCGCAAUUUCACGUCAAAUUUGGCGUAAAACUUCAAAUUUAGACAUGAGCUAGCUGCAGGUCACUCGCGUUGUUUUUCGACGCGCGAGCUGAACUGUCGCGUUGCGUCAGAAAUAUCAAGCAUCUUAACCUCUCUAAUGUCUGUCCUUGGGCAUCCUGUACCAGCAAGCAAAGCACAGGACGACUAGUGUCGCCGCGGCGGUAGCAGACACAGCAGUGCCCACCUUGCAUGGCUUGAACCGUGACCAACAGAUCAAGCGCAACCUGCAUCCCAAUCACCACUACUUUAAUCUCAGCAAUAACACUAGCGACGGUAGCCCUAAAACGGGGUAUAUUGUCUAGUUAAACGAAAGAACAUUCUCAAUUGCAGUAAAUCGCAACUUUGACCAUUGUAAGAAUUGGCAACAAGCUCGAUUAGCACAUUUUUCGUUCGUGGUUUUCGUUCGUCCUUUUGGGUUUCACAGCAUUGCCUCUCUCUCUCAGUUUCUUGUCGUUUAGAAAUGUCCCAACUAUUUCCUUGAAUAUUAUUCCAGUAUGUUUCGUCAUUCUCGAUCGUUCUUUUGCGAUCCCUGUCAUCUGCUUUCCUCCAUCUUUCUGCUAUUCUCCUUUCAUCCUGAGCUGUUAUUAUGAUCAAGCCAGAAGAGAAAAUUGAUUACAUCGAUCUUUUGCUAUUAGUCUGAUCAAGCCCGAAGAUAUGGCAUUCAUAAGGGUUGUACAAUCAUGUAGUAGUAGUAGUAGUAGUAUGUAGCGUACAACUAACGUCCCUUGUUAAUGUAAAGGGGAAAGUCCCUUUCCUCUUUACAUCUAUUGUUGGCUAAACACCCGAGAUUCCCUUGUUGAUCUUUUCUAUUUCUGACAUGAUGCGCUUCGAAGUA